AUGGACGAACAGGUGAACAGGCUGGUCGCGAAGCUAUGGGGUAAGCCGCGCAAAACCCCAUCCCAAGCCACCGUCUGGCAACCCCCCAACAGUAGCAGAUUGCUGACAGCGUCGAUGGGCAGAGAAAUACGAACACACACCCCGCUCCCGCCGCCUCCUCGUCGCCGUGUCUGGCAUCCCCGGGUCAGGCAAGUCUGCAACCCCUACCUCUCCCUACACACUAUCCAAGGAAAGAAUUGCGAGCUGCAGAGAGUAGUACAGCAAGCUGACUAUGUCCACGCGGAAGCAGGCAAGACGACGCUCGCGGCCAAAGUCACGAACCGCAUCAAUGACCGCUACCACGACCAAUCCCCCGGCGCCUCUUGCGGGAAUGCCAUCGCGGCGUUCGUGCCUUUGGACGGCUACCACCUGUCGCGCGCGCAGCUGGACGCGAUGCCGGACCCGGUAAACGCGCAUGCCAGGAGGGGCGCGGCGUUCACGUUUGAUGGGGAGGGGUUUUCAACGCUCGUGAAAGAGCUGAGGAAGCCGUUGCUCCCGGAAACGAAGACGGUGUUUGCGCCCAGCUUUGAUCACAAAGUGAAGGAUCCGGUCGAGGGGGAUAUUGGGAUUAGCCCCGGGAUGAGGAUCAUCAUCUUCGAAGGCAACUAUCUCUCCCUCAACAAGCCGCCCUGGAGCGACGCCGCAGCCAUGAUGGACGAGCUGUGGUUUGUCGAGGUCGACUUCGACACCGCGCGCAAGCGGCUUGUCACGAGACACGUCAAGGCGGGCAUUGCGGCCGAUGAGGGGGCGGCGCAUAAACGUGUCACGGAGAACGAUCUGGUCAACGGGAAGGAGAUUGUCGACGAUAGGAUACCGGAGGUGCAUGAGGUUAUCGUGAGUAAGGAGGACGAGGCGUGGACGCCGGAGAGGCAGGGGAUGGAGACGGCGACGGCUCCUGGGGGUUGA